AUGUCUGAUUACUUUAGUUCCAGACCUUCGCAAACGCUCACGCCGAUGGGCAAUAAGCCAUCUGGCGGUGGUGGCGGCGAUGACGCCUCCUCCAUCCACUCGAAGAGCUCGCAGUACUUGAUGGACAUCUUACCUGAUUCGAUGACCUUGAACGAAAGUGUUUCCUCCAUAGUGGCAAACAAUCAGGCAAAGGAGUUUAUUUUGCCUGAAACAGAUGAGAGAUCUCCCUACUUCAUAAACGUCCCUAUACCAAAGGCUCAGCCAACCUCUACUACGGAAACGAAGAAGCCCCUUGCAGGUGAUGAAGCUAUCGAUGGGCAGUUUGUUAAGGAGUAUCCCACCGACAUCCUUGUAGACAGGUUUUAUAAAUGGAAAAAAAUUCUGAAAGGGUUAGUGAUUUACUUGAGGGAAGUCGCGUAUGCGCAAGAACAGUUCGCACGGAUCAAUUACCAACUGAAAGGAUCUGUGAAAUUUCCAUUUUUGACUGAUAUUGAUGAAACCACAAAUACCAUUACGGAUCCAUUCACAACGGCUCCUAGAGGCCCUAAGAAAGCGCAGCCUGCGCAGAAGAAAGUUGGCCUGACUGACAGCGAACAAUUUCAGAUGCAAAUGCAACAGGAACAGCAGGAAAAUGCAGUGCAGGCUCCCACAGAUGAAAGUAAAAUGAGUUUGGCGCCUCAUGAAUACAAGCCUGUCCAGACCACAGAGUCGGACAAUACAUCUGCCGCAUCCGGUUUUGUUAAGUUCGGUUCAGGCUCGAUUCAAGACAUCCAGGUCAUUUUGAAGAAGUACCAUCUUUCGUUGGCUAACCAGCAAUUUAAGAUCUCUAAAGAGAUUACGUCCACCGUCAUUCCUAAAUUGGAGGAAUUGAGAAAAGAUUUAAGAUAUAAAAUUACGGAAAUUAAGGACCUUCAUGGUGAUUUCAAAACAAACAUCGGAGCACAUAUUCAGCUAACAAGUCAACUAUUGAAAAAAUACAUCGCAGCUGUAAAAUUCAUGAACGCGCAUGGUAUUGGCAACGAUAGAGCAUCUCCUACUAAUAAGAAGCCACAUAAAUUGGAUCCAAAACAUGAUCCAUAUCUUUUGAAACUGCAACUAGACUUACAACUCAAACGUCAAGUUGCCGAAGAAACUUACUUGCAAGAAGCGUUCAUCAAUUUACAGAGUUCAGGUUUGCAAUUAGAAAAAAUUAUAUACACCAAAAUCCAGCAUGCUUUGUUGCGUUAUUCUGCUUUAAUUGACUCCGAAGCUCGUCUAAUGAUCAAAAAUAUGUGCCAAGAACUACAACAUGGUAUAAUAUCAAAGCCUCCUGCAUUUGAAUGGGAUAAUUUUGUCACACAGCAUCCGUCCUGUCUACUCAAUUGGAAAUCCAACGAUCCUAUACCACCACCAAGAAAAGUUUCCGACGUUAUUUAUCCCCACAUGAAAUCCCCACUGGCCAAGUGUAUUAAGGCAGGUUAUUUUUUGAAGAAAUCGGAAUUGUUGCCCACUUACCACCAAGGAUAUUUUGUUCUAACAUCAAACUAUAUUCAUGAAUUCCAGAGUAGCGAUUUUUAUAACCUAUCUUCUUCUACCCCUAACUCCACGAAGUCUUCAGCUUAUUCUUCUUCCGUUUCCAUUGCAGACACUUAUGCCAAUGCUAAUAAUGCCAAAGCUAACAAUCAUCAUCGCCAGGCUAGUGAUGUACAUAACAGCAGUACGACAACUGGUGGUACAGCUGGUGCAAAUGGUAUUCGCGGUAUUCGCAAAAAGAGCUAUUUGGCACCGAUUAUGAGUAUUCCGCUAAAUGAUUGUACCUUAAAGGAUGCAUCUUCCACCAAAUUUGUUCUUGUAGGUAAACCCACUCUUAAUGAAAACGCUGAUGUUAGAAAAUCUAGCUCUAGCACUUAUUUAUCUGGCUCUUCACAAGCGUCUUUACCAAAAUAUGGCCACGAGACUGCAAAAAUAUUUUCAAAAGCCCCAUUCCACAAGUUUUUGAAGGGAAGUAAGCCCAAAAAUAAGAAUACGAAAUCAAGUGAACUGGACCAAUUUUACGCUGCAGCUCAAAAGGAAUCGAACAAUUAUGUGACUUGGACCUUUAAAAUAGUAUCUCCAGAGCCUUCUGAAGAGGAAUUGAAACAUUUUAAACGUUGGGUCCAAGAUUUGAAAAAUUUAACGAGCUUCAAUGACACUAAAGAUAGAAUUAAGUUUAUCGAAGACCGUGUGAUGAAAUCACACCGAUUCAAGGCGGGACAUAUGUCAAGAAACAGCGUGAACAUAGGUUCCCAUACACCUUGUUUAACAGAUAGCACAUUCACAUUACAAGACGGUACUACGACGUCCGUCAACCUAAAGGGCAGGGCGGAGAAACCUCAGUAUAUUCAUAUUCAGAACAAUUCACUAGCAGAUUUUGAUGGAAAUGGUUUUAGAUCCAAGGUUAAUACACCUGCUAUUGACGAUUAUGGCAAUUUGAUUACGGUGGAAAGAAGACCUGCACAAUCUCCGCACCAAUACUCUGACUACAUGGCCACUUCAGGUAACACAACUCCUUCUUAUUCAUCGGGCUCAAGACCUCAAAGCAUGUAUAAUGGGUAUAACCCGGCUGUAUCAAUAACGAGUAAUGGGAUGAUGCUCCAACAAUCAACAGCAAAUAAUAAUACUAAUCCAACAACUAAUUUGCGCCACCAAAGAAAUAUUUCACAAACAAGUUCCCUACCUGGAUUUUCAUACACAUCCCUAUCCCUACCAGUGAAUUCUCCAGGUAGCUCUAAUUCAGAAUCCAGCUCAGGCGGUUAUUUUGCCAUUCCGCUUCAUGGGAACAACAACAAUAAUAAUUACACCCAGAGAAACUCUGAAGGCUCUAGCCCAUGUUAUAAUGACGACCAAAUACGACAACAACAGCAACCUUUACAAAUGCAACCUUUAUCAAGAACUUCAAGUUCAAGUGUUAAUGUCACAGCGAUGAGAAGUACAUCUGCAGGUAAUUCAAUUACAGCGAACGCUCCCGUUGUACCUAAGGUGAUGGUCAAUAACCAAAAUGUUAAAACUGUUGCUGCCGAUCAGUCUGCUACAGCACCUUCUUCACCUACCAUGAAUUCGUCCGUCACAACGAUCAACCGCGAAUCACCAUACCAAACCUUAAAGAAAACGAACAGCACAGGCAAUGUUCCUUGUUUGACUGCUGAAAAGACUCAUGCGCACCCUGCUUUCUAUAAACGGGGCAAUAAUAGCGCCCAAAAUUUGACUACCUCUAGUUCAACAGCUUCUAGGGUGCAUCCUAUCCGAAAGCACAAGAAAAACGUAUCAUUUAGUUCUUUGAAUAGUUUAAUGUUUUCAAAAAAGGGUGCAAAUCACGGUGGUAAUCUAAUGACUAACCAAUUUAUGAGUGGUGGAAUUCAAGAAGAUGAUGGUGAUUCAACUAAUAAUGAUACUAUAAAGCUAAACCAGUCGAUUUAUUCUUAA